AUGAAUGAAAGCAGUGAAAAGCUCAACAGUUCUCUUAUUCUUCCUUUCAGUAAGGACUAUGAGUUCUGUUCAAAUGGUGUGUAUUUCUAUUGUGGAAAGAUGGGUUCAGGUAAGACAUUUAACCUCAUUCGUCAUAUACUCAUAACAGAACGUUUAGGAAAUGACUCUUACUAUGACCAAAUCAUUAUAUCAGCAACUUCAGACUCUAUGGACUCAACAGCGAAAACAUUUAUGUCAAAAGUUCAAGCCUCUGUCGUUAAAGUUCCAGAUAGCGAACUCAUUGAAUUUCUUCAACGUUACAUUCGACGUAAGAGGAAAUAUUAUGCUAUCGUAGAGUUCAUACAGUCAGGAAUGCAAAAGACUUCUGAGGAGAUGGAAAGAAUUAUUGACAAACACCACUUAAGUCAGUACUCAGGAGUUUACGAUAUGCAACGACUUACAAACUACAUUCUAUCAAAACUUUCAAAAUACCCCUUCAAAAAUAUCCUUCAAACACUCUGCUCGUUUGCGACGACUUCGCCGGAAAAGGUUUAG